AUGGACAAGCAAAGGAAAGAAUACGAAGAAUUGAAACAAAGGUUGAAACAGGCUCUUCAGGAUAAGAAAAAGCAGGAACAAGAAUGGGAUCAGAUCCAGCAAGAUAUUUUUGACAAGGAAACUGAAUAUCUUUCGGGCAAUGCGUCGAGUAAGUAUGGCACAAUUGUGAAAGGUUUUGAUGGGUUUAGCAAACACACGUCGCAGGAUAACCAUCACUUUCAAGAUCAAGAUCGUAUAUUCUCUUUGAGCAGCGCCUUAUUUGUGAAGCAACAACAAGGAAUUGAGGAUGAGGAUUAA